AUGACAUACUAUGACUUUUUUAGAAAUCUUAUUCUGAGCUCUCCAAACAAAAUCUGUGAUGCGUCAACAAUUUAUACAUAUUUAACCGAAGAGCUGUAUACAAAUACAAAGCUCCAGGUAGUAGUAGGAGUGUCUGUUGUUUUUAUUGCAUUUAUACUUUUCAUUGUGUAUUGCAAAGCAUGGGAUGCCUAUAGCAGAUACAUCAUUUACCUUCUCGGGCUACAAAUUUUUUUUAUAGCUCUGAUGUUCAAGAUUUCAAAAUCAGGCUUUGGAUCAGAAUUGUCAAAUCUUGAUCAGAAACUCUAUAAUGCAUUGAAAGGGAUGGAUGAGUCGAAAACAUCUGCCUUCUCAAGUAUUGUUUUGUUUUUGCUUACCAAAAUGCAUUCUAAUAGUAAUAUUUCAAAAUGCGAGGCUUAUAAGGUAAAUAGAAACACCAGCAUUGAGCCAUCAAAUUCAAUAUUUUCAUCAUAUUUGGCAAUGCCCUUAAAGGACAAGAACGACGGUAUCAAGUUCAAACACACUAAGAAGUCAAAAAUACUCCUAGAUGCAAGCGGCAUGCCAGAUCUGAAGCUCGAUUCGCCAAUAAACGAGAAUGUAAGUCUAAAUGGUGGCAAUGGCACUGUAUUUGAGCAUGCUAAUUUUUCAAAAAACGUGCUUACACCAUUUAGGAAUGAGAAGAUUUAUGAACUAAAACCACAUAAGGAUGAAAAGGCUACCAUGCUGCAGUCAACAGAUGUGAAAGACGAGAAGAUCAGUACACCCACAUCCGCACUUGUCAAAAAUGAAAAGACAAAAGAGCUUGCCAUUAAAAAAGAAAUAUCGCCUGAGAGGAACACGUCUUCUGAUGAUAAUUUAAACACUGUGACUGAAAACAAGAUUAUAAAAACAGAAGCCUUAAAAGUUGUGGAUGAUGACAGUGACAUAAACAACGAUCCGUACUUUAGUGACGUUCUUAGAACACUUAACAAUGAGUUUACAACUAACAAUAAACUUUCCGGAAGCUUUAAGGAAAUAGCUAAAAUUAUCGAUAAAACUGACAAUGAAGUAUUAGAGUUAGAUGCAAGCUUAAAAAAGCUCAUCAACCUGGGAAGUUCUAUAGAAAAGGAGCUUAAGUCUUUCAAUGUUUCUUUAAGAGGUAUAGAAAAUAUUAGGUCGCAGCUGAUUACAACUCUAAGAAAAAUGUUGCCUGUAAAAUUCAUUAUUGAUAACUUAAAUUACAAGGAAAGCUCUGACAGACAGCUAAAUCAAAUAUUCAAAGCUGAUGACGGAAGCGACAAUCAUGAGUUUACACACAACCCAAAUGAUAACAAGAAUAUAGUUACAGCAGUGCAAAUAUGUUUAAUUUCACAGGCAAUUGUGUGCAUUAUUUUCUUUAUUCAGGUCUUAACAAACGGAAGUAUAUACGCUCUGAGAAUGGUUUCUGUGAUAUUGCUGGGAGCAGACAUCAUUUUGGGAAUAUUAGUGAUGGCACUGGCUCACUUCUAUGAUAAAGAUUGUGUAUUAGGCAGAGUUCCUAACUGUGGUUCAAUAUUCAGUAAAAGUUUUACUCAAUUUGCCAAAUCUGCAAAUCUUGAUCUUAAAUCCACCGAAAUGUCAAAAGUUGAAGCCUUGAAUAAGUCCUUGAAUAAAAUUGGAACAAGAACAAACAACAUCACAACGUUUCUGAAAGAUAUGUUUGAAGACAAUCUGAUCGGAGAAUAUCGGGUUUAUAAUGCCCAGCUAAAAAACAUGUUGGACAAACUGAACUUUAUAAAAGAUGAUUUUAAAGAGCUAACACAUGGAAAGGUCGACAACAAUGAAUUUUUCUCUUUGGUUGAUAGCAUAGAACUUCGACUUUCUCAGAUAUCACAGAAUGUAUCACUUGUUAAUCCCAAAUUUCUAUUUGAGUUUUACACAAAAGAAGUAAUUUUCGGCAAUUAUAUUAAGACUGAAAAGGACCGAAUCAUAGCGAACUCUGAAAAACAAAUGGGUGACCGUAUACUUAAAAAUAAGUGGAGAAAUAAAAAGGAAUGUGAAGCAAAAUGGAAAGAUGUAUGCAACAAGAAAGAAAAGCUAGACCAACUGUCUCUUCUGAUGGUUUUUGGUUCAUUUAUUUUUAUGAUAGGAUUUGCUGUGCUGUAA